AUGACCUCAUCAACUGAGACACAACUUUUUGACGAGACUUUUACCGUCACUUCAAUUGACCACUCAAAAUAUGAUCGUGUGGCUCGUAUUGGUGGUACCUCAAUAGAUGCGCAAACAGUAAUGACGCUCGAUAUAAACAUUGAACUUUUCAACGUUGGAAUCGGUGAGAGCAUGCAUCUCGUGCUAGCUUCUAAUCUAUCACUCGAUGGCACCAAAGAUGAUGGUCGAGGCUGGCGUGAUGUAGCGCGCAAUGGGCUCGGUGGAGAGCCAACUUUGGCGGAUCUAUUCGAUUACGUCUGUCACGGCAAGAUUCACAAAUUUGAAGAUGGAGAGGACGGAAUAACAAUAAAAGCAUAUAUAAGCUUUGGUGGCCUACUUAUGGCUAUCGAAGGACCCUACAAAAAAUUGACGCCACUAAGAGUAGAUAGUGUUUAUUUACUUAUCAAGAAAUAA